AGGAUGGUCUGAUGGUAGCUGUGGGUUUGUCUUAUAGGUUUCCAGAGCACAAACACAAGGGAUAAGAUGAGACAAAGGAAGACUGGAUGACUUCGAUGGCUGGAUGACAACAGAGAUGGCUGGAUGAUGACAGGGAUGACUGGAUGAUGACUUGGGAUGACUGGAUCAAGGUAAAAACGCUGGGAUUAUUCACAUUACCCAAGACUUUCCUUGAAACAGUCUGGUCCCUUACAAUGCAGCUUGUCAUCACAGUGGAAUAGAGGAGCACUUUGAACAAUUUUAUCAAGAGAAUUUAUAGACUGUGCCAGAAAGCUUUCUUUGUAAACACCUGGUCAUCUGCACUCUGAAGCCAUGGCACCUGCUGUUGGAGGUCCUGUGGGUUACACCCCUCCAGAGGGGGGCUGGGGUUGGGCCGUGGUGUUUGGAGCCUUCAUUUCCAUUGGGUUCUCCUAUGCCUUUCCAAAGUCCAUCACUGUGUUCUUCAAAGAAAUCGAAGUGAUCUUCAAUGCCACCAGCAGUCAAGUGUCCUGGAUCUCUUCCAUCAUGCUCGCUGUCAUGUACGCAGGAGGUCCUGCCAGCAGUAUCAUGGUCAAUAAGUAUGGAAGUCGGCCUGUUAUGAUUUUAGGAGGCUGCCUCUCGGGAAUCGGACUCAUUGCUGCUUCUUUCUGCAAUAAUAUUGAAAGCUUGUACUUCUGUGUUGGUGUUGUGGGAGGUCUGGGACUGGCAUUCAAUCUCAACCCUGCUCUCACUAUGAUCGGCAAAUAUUUCUUCAAGAGACGUCCAAUAGCAAAUGGCAUUGCUAUGGCUGGUAGUCCAGUCUUCUUGUCAACUCUUGCUCCUCUGAACACCUGGUUGUUUGAUCAGUUUGGCUGGAGGGGUAGCUUCUUGAUCUUGGGUGGAAUUUUGCUCAAUUGUUGUGUAGCUGGAUCACUGAUGAGGCCUAUAGGGCCAAAGCCCCAACCUGCUGUUAAAGGGGUUAAAAGUAACAGCAGAGCCACAGAGCAAAAGACGGUGAUGGAGAUGAUUAAUGGUUUUAUUGAUCUGACACUCUUCAAGCAUCGUGGCUUCUUGCUUUACCUUCUGGGAAAUGUGGUCUUGUUCUUUGGCCUUUUCACUCCCCUUGUGUUCCUCAGUAAUUUCGCCAAGAGCAGGGAAAUUCCCAAGGAGAAAGCGGCUUUUCUGCUCUCUGUACUAGCCUUUGUAGACAUGGUGGCACGACCUUCCAUGGGAGUAGUCGCCAGCACAAAAUGGGUGAGACGGAGGGUGCAGUACUUCUUUGCUGCCUCUGUUCUUCUCAACAGUGUGUGCCACCUGCUUGCCCCUUUGUCGACGGACUACACAGGGUUUGUGAUUUAUGCCAUCUUCUUUGGGUUUGCCUAUGGGUGGCUGAGCUCUGUGCUGUUUGAGACCCUUAUGGAUCUGGUGGGUGCCCAGCGUUUCUCCAGUGCUGUUGGAUUGGUGACAAUUGUGGAGUGUGGCCCAGUGUUACUAGGGCCUCCUUUACUAGGAAAAUUCAAUGACAUCUACCAUGACUACAAGUACACUUACAUUGGCUGUGGAAUUCUUCUGCUGGUUGGCAGUAUGUUUCUUUUCAUCGGAAUGGGCAUCAACUACAGGCUGCUGGAUAGGGAGGCAAAAGAGGAAUCCAAGAGAGCCAAUCUGCAGGGGAGAGAGGAUUACUGCAACAAGGACAUUUCAAACAGAGAGCCAGGCAAUGGUGUUGUAGAACCAUUGAAAGCACCUGAUGACAAGACAGCAGAGGAUACUGUGUGACACUGACUAUUUCAUAAAUUGAUUUAGUUAUCACUGAUGUUGAUCCUGGUGAUACUAAUAUUCUACACUCUCAAUAUUAUAAGAAUCUGUGUACGAACAUCCAUCUAGAGGUCUGAAAUUAAUAUAAUAAAAAUAAUAUUUAUUUGAAGAAUAUAAGUUUUAAAGAUUUUUUGAUAAAACAUAAGCCUUCAUUGUAGGACAAGAUUUGUGGCACUUCUAUUUUAGGCCAUUAGGAGGAAAGAUUGAAUCGAAGUGCACUGAAUACAGAUAAAAUUAAUCUACAUGAAACAACUAUCUAUCAAUAAGGAGUAAAUAAAAAGGAGAAAGAUUAACAAAGUUUUUGUUGUUAGAAGUCAACAUGAAAAUGAGUUCUUAACCCAUAUUACUUCAGUAUUGUGAUGUAUUUCUAAAUGAAAGAGGAUAUUUAACAAGAAAUACAUUUAGGGCAGGAGUUUAUUUUAUCCAUCAGGAAUUGAUUGGAUGUGAAAAGUUGUCUCUAUAUUCAAGGUGGUUGGGGAGGGGUUGAAAAAUAAGAGUGAUGUCGGCUGAAAAGGAAAUGUGUUGGACAUCCCAGACCAAGUUAUUUGGGGAUAAUGUGUACUAAUAUAAAUGGCUCACAAUUAUACAUAUUUUUUAUUUUUUUACUUGGCCUAAAUAGGGUCAAUUCCAUGCUCAUUUUAAUUAUAUGCAAAUAUGCUUCUUAAUUGCCAUGAAGUACUGCUGUGCAUUGUUCAUUCAUGCUUCACUUGUCAAUGUCUGUUUUAUUAUAUAUUCUUUUGUGAGUUAUGAGUGUGUAUACAAUAAAGUGAUUUAACAUUAAGUUUUCUUGUUUAAAACUGUGUAGGUCUUGAAAUGACAAAUAAUUUACUAUCAGA